AUAUGUAAAAGUAGUGAGAAAUGUUGCUCAACUGAGACUACUUAAAAUCCAAACCAUUAGAAGAAACAACCGAAUCUGGACCAAUAUUCUUAGUCAGAUGAAAAAUCAAAGUCUGAAGAUCGAGUUAUUAAUAGAUUCUGAACUUUGAUGUAAACUGUUGAGGUUUUUAUAUAAAGAUUCAUUGCUGAUUUAAAUUGUGUGUACGUGUUGGGGUAUGCAUGUGUAAUGAAAUGAAAGGUGGUGAGUCUAAUGACGUAUAUGAAAAUGACGGGCUCGUGACGGACGAGAUGAUGGAAUGAUAUUUAUAAGUUUUUCCCUUUCUAAAUUAAACAAUUCAAGACAUACACUUUCUAACUAGUACCUACUACGACAAUGGUCUUGCUACGUAUUGUUAUAAAUAUCAUAUUUUUUAUCGACUGGUUCUUACUCAUAUUAUAUGAUCUUACCAAGAGUGGCUAAUUAUGCCAAGCUAUUAAAAAACCUAAAAUCACAAGCAAUGUAAGUAGUAGUCUAGUAGGAUUUUAGUUUCAGGAAAUAAGUUAUUGUAAUUUUUAAAAUUAAACUAUGCGGUUUUCUUGAUUUUAAUGAUUUUUUUUCUCCUGACCAAUCCUAGUCAAAGCUCAAUAGAAAAAAAAACUAAAGGAAAUCUAAUCUAUGUUUCCGACCAUCACGGUUUAUUUCAAAAGAAAACUGACAAAAUAAUAGUUGAAAAAACUGUUCUUCCCUGUGUAUAUCAUUAGGUAACAGUUAGAGAAGGUUAUAACAAUAUAACCAAAACAAAUCGAAGGUCACCAACAAGUUUUUUUUUUGUAAGAAAGGUAUACCAACAAGGUCUGACCAAGUUAAAUACAAAUGACUUAUACCUUGAGUUGAAUGCAUAAAAAGUGUUGAUUACAUAUUCUACCCACCCAAAUUCGAAGUUAAACACAUUGAUUUUGUUUUCUAAAUUAGUUAGACAACCAAAUAAGUAUUCUACAUCUAGGUAUGAAACUAAUUUUAUAUGAUUUCAAUAUUUAUUUUUAAAAAAUUCUUACAAAUACUCUUAGUUAUGAUGUUUCUACUAGUUUUCAUAUUUUUUUUUAAUCUCUAUAUUAUUUUAUGAUAAGUCAGUUUCCUAUGUGUCAUGUUUAUGUUAAUUCUUACGAUGAUGAUGGCCAUGACCAAUUGACCAAGGAUAUGGAUGAUGAGAUCUAUAAAGGCCGACUCAAUGUGGCUAAAUUCAGUAUUUUUGUGCAUUCAGUAAUGUGAAGACAAUGGUUUAAAUCCAGGUGCCGGUUUAAUCUCGGUUCAAUGAGUUAAACCAUAGAUAUGAGCAAGAAGGUCCGGAGAUGUUAUGAUGAAGGUACCAAACGUUUGUGUAGUGUGAUUGUUGGUUGAUACGAGAAGAACAUUACAGGAAUGUGGGGUUUAUGGUUUAUGGCUUAUGUUGAUGUCAGUAGUUCCAGAGGUGGAAUUUGAGUUAAGUUGUUGGAACAGAGUCUCUAGGAGAAAAUGCUUAAGCUAAUAAGUGGGCUAAUUCAGACUUUUGGUUGUGUUUUUGGACAAAAGAUCAAACAAAUACUCGUGUUCUAAAGUCUUAACUUGCAAGAUGACUAAAGAAGUUAUAAAGAUAUAAUUGGAUCAACAAAGAAAACACUUGAUACAACAGAGGGUCUCAAGCAAAGUCAUUGGAACUCUGAAGCAAAGUCAUUGGAACUCUGAAGCAAAACUACAAGAAAGCAAAGUUUGUUCGUUCUUUUGAAAGAGAACAUCUAGUUAAGAUGCUCUUGGAAGUCAUCCAUUGACUUGAAAACUUGUUAUCGUCACUCAAAAAUUUCGUUAAUAUGGUUUAUUAUGCUUUUAUGUGUAUUAUUCAAUUUCAUAAUAUUUUUUAUCUUGACGACAAAUCUUUAUUUUAUUAGCUUUCAUGAAAUUUUGACAACACAUUUCGUGGUGGAUCGUACAUAAUGUUUAGGUUAUGCUUUUAACAACGGUUUUAUGUUUAGUAUUCCAUAUUUCAUAAUAUUUUUAUCUUGUUCGUGAUGACGUUUUUGGCAUUUUCAGAAAGGUCUUACAACGAAUAUAGUGUUGAUCAUAGAGAUAUGUGUAUGUUUGGUUAUAUUGUAUACAUGAUUUAUACAGAAUUUAUUUGCUUUUUAUGAGAAUGAUUUAUCUCUUAUUUUUGUGGAUUUCUAGUGCAUAAAUCUGAGUUACAAAGGUUUAGAUUAUCUGUUUUUUUUUGAAAAUUGUAUUUGAAAAUUAAUAACACAGUUUACAAAAUUUUGGGUUUAAGUUUUUGAUAUGUAAAUGUUUUUGGAACAAAUUUAUCAAAGUGAAAGAUAGACAGUAAAAUGGAUUGUCUAAAAUGAAAGAAACAAAAGAAGUUCAAACAUAGUCGAAAGAAGUGGCUAGGCAACCUUACGUGCACCAGCAAGAGCAAUAAAAUACAUAAUUGCCCUCACACCCAGUUCAAUGUAAAUAAAUCCAUUGUCAUGAACUCUAGUGGUGUCUUGAAUAUGAACGAUAUAUCCACCGUAUCAUUUUCCAUCUCUAGUGACCACCAUCAGAUGAGUCAUUGGCCAAGUGGAAUUCAGUUCGUGAUUAGUAGGUAGGGCGAUAAAGACCGUCGCCUUUUUUUUUUAAACCAAAAAAUUUUUUUUUUUUGGAACAAAGAUACCAAACCUAAGCCUUAGUCAACACAUUUUGAGCUGGUCCAUGUAUGGGCUUGUCUUUGAUUUGGAUUUCGCUGUGGAAUGAUGGAAAUCAUUGAGCAUUGAUUUGUAUCUUAUAGGAAAUUGAUGAAGUUACCAAAAGAAUAUACGGGAAGCAAUUUUGUCAAUGAAUUUCUAUCUAUGUCUCAAGCUCUAACCCUCAUAGAUAAUUUUCAAGCAAUUAUAAUCAAGACAUGAGCUGGAAAACAUUUCAAGGAUUACGUAACCAUUUCAAGUAUUGUUAAAAACAUCCGGAUUGCAUGUUUUUUUUCUUUUGAACUCUAUAUAUUUAUAAUUUGCUUAUUGUCUACAUUUAUUUAUUUUCAUUUGUGAAAUUUUUAUUUAACUAAUUUACAAUUUAAUUCAUUUUUAUUAUUUAUAAAGUAGCCACCAUUUUUAUAAAAUUGUUUGUAAGAGAAGUUUCAAGUAAUCACAACAUCAACAAGAAUUUUUUGUUUCAGAUAUUGAAGAAAAAUUGAAUUUUCUAUAUAUAUAAUCUCAGCAAUUUAUCAAAGAGAUAUAAAUCUCAGCAGUUUCACAAUUUCAUCACAUCAUGACUUUUGCAUCAAAUAAUUGGUGAGACUAUAUGAGUAACUUUUUACAAGAAAUAUUUAAAUUAAAUUCAAAUCAGUUAUUCCAUUUAUUAGUUCAUGUAAAAAAAUUAAAAUAAAUAUCAUAUAAAAUUAUAUACGAAAGAUGCAACUAGAAAUCAUUUUUGAAAUAUAUUUUGGGAAUUUUUAUUUCCUUUACAGUUAUAAAAAUAUCAUCAAUUAAAAUAAAAAUAUUUUGUUUUAUUUUAGAAAAAAUAACAUUCAUUUGAAAACUCAUCCAACCUCAAAAGGUUAUGUAAUAAAUGGAAUGCUAAUUUCAUUCUAUUUAAAUUCUAUAAAUAAUUAUUCUUAUCGUUUUAUCUAUUUCAUUUUAGUAGUCAUCAGUUUAACCAAAAUAAUCAUAUGUAUAAAAACAAUUUUGUUUUUAAUUUCUAAAUUCCACUCUCGCCAAGCUAUUAAUGAUUUUAGUAGUCAUCAGUUAAACCAAAAUGAUCAUAUGUAGUUUAGCAGGAUGUUUUUUUAAACGUCUGAAACAACGGAUUAAAUCAGUAGAGCAAAGAGACAAAGCAAAUCAAAAGAUUACAUAAUAAGUGGGGGUUAUUGGUUGGUGUAUUUUGAUGGAUUUGAAAAUCCAAACUAAAUCUAGUGUUAUUGGUUUUAUGAUUUUAAAAUAUAUAUUGAAAUCAUGUGUUAUUCGUUUAAUGAUUCAUAAAUUCUAAUUCAAAUCAAGUGUUAUUCGUUUAAUGAUUCAUAAAUUCUAAUUCAAAUCAAGUGUUAUUCAAUCAUACGGAUUUACUAAUAGAUUUGAUUUCAUAAUGUAUUUGAAUGGAUUUGCAUGGGUUUUUUUGUGAAAAAUACAAAGACCCAAAUCCGAAGGAAAACCUCCGGAUUUGUAAAUACUAAUCCGAAAAAAUUGAAAAUUUAUAUAUUCUACUUAGAUUUAUAAAUACUAUAUGGAUUUCUAAAUCAAUAAAAAUAUAUAAACCAAUAACACCUCCUAAAACUCAAUCUCAAGGAAAAGACUGAAACAGUUUAAAAUAUACUCUCUUGACGAAUAAAAUUAUAUAGCUAGGAAGGACCACCAAAAGCAAGAUAUGACUGAAACAAACCAUUACGCAGAACACUCCUAGCUAUCUCCCUUGCUAAAAAGUUCGAUGUGGUUGAUUCAAUCUCAAAACCAACUAGCAGGAUGUUAGUUUCAGGAAAUAAGUCAUUGUAAUUUUUAAAGGCCAAAUUGGCUGAAAAAACACGAAACAAAAAAUAAUUAGCAAACCAUGCAGAAACAUAUUUCUUUAGGUAAUUGGAUAGUAAGACGGAAGCGAAAUUACAUUCAUGUCCCAUAGUAAACUCCAAGUUGUAUAGAUAGGCUGCAAUGCUAUCGUAAGUAUAUCGAAUAUAGAUAACACUGUCAAGGCUGUCAGAAGACAUGACAGUUUGUCUCACUUAUAUUCACGCGUAUCGAAGGUUUCGAAAAUAAGCACACGAGGUACACAUGAGGAAUAUAGGUAACUGAAACAACAUUAAAAUAUUUUAACAUUUUGUCCCAGAAAGUUAAUUGAGAAUAAAAAGGCAAUGUUUGUUUUAUGCAAAGAAGAUCGGACUGAAUCGGAAAAAAAGAAUAAUUCGGAACAAAGCAACCGAAGCAAUUUUUUUUGGAAAAUAAAACAAUCGAAACAGAUGGUACGUCGAUGAGGAAGAACAGUAUCUGGUAGGGAAGAUAAUAAUUGUUUUUUACUCUACAACACUUGGGUGGUGAAACGCAACAAUAUGAAAACCAUUCUGGUUUAACGAAAAGCAAUUGGGAAAAUGUAAUAAACCGGUUUUCAUUUCAUCCAAUUAAUAAGAACAAAUUAAACCAAGUUGGUAUAGGCAUAUUUGUGAAAUUAAGUAAACUAACCAAACCAAUUGCUUUAAACCAACCGAUGGACCGAAAUGUUGGAAAGAAGAGUUCAAGAAUAUAGUAAAAUAAUUAAAUAUUGCACAUGUCAGAGAUAUUUUCAAAACCUAUAAAAGAAUGAUUAUGCCUAGAACUAAGUAGGCGGUGCAGAGUACAAAUAUCUACAUAAUAGGGUCAGUUUUGGGAUAUAUCGAAAGUCGAACAGUACAUUACCAAACAGCUAAAUAAUCUUAUUUUCUUGUAUAUCAAGUGCAAUUAUUCAUUUUUAAAAUUAAAUUAUGCGGUUUUCUUGUUUUUAAUGAUUUUUUCCCGACCAAUCCUAGUCAAAGCUCAAUAAAAAAAAAACUAAGGAAAUCUAAUCUAUGUUUCUGACAAGAUACAUUAAAAUAUCAGAGGGAGCUAGUAGUGGCUUGGCCUCCAAGCAAAAUAUCACACAUUUCCAGAAUAAACAAAUUACGUUUCCAAUUAACACGAGAUUAUAUUUACUCUUUUAAUACACAUCAAUAGAUUCACUACCAAACAAAUCUAUGGUAAGUGACAAUCCUCGUGACUAAUCUCGCAUGAAAGGGCCCCACUUCCUAGCGCGUGAGUUCUUGUACACCACACUGCGAGUGGGCGAAUUAAAAAGCUUGGAGACCAAGCUAUUAGAAUAGGACAGAGGCUCUGCUUUCGGUACGGUAACAAACACGUGUAAGAAAUCUAACGUCUCAAUCUAAGAUGCGGAAAGCCGUUUAGGAUCCCCAUUGGUUAAAAUCCAGUAUUAUGCAUAAAAUUAGUGAUAUUAACCGGUUUAAACGCGCAUUAGUUUCUCCCCUACUGUUGACAAAAAAUUUAAUGCAAAUUACGUUAAAUAAAAUGUCUCUCUAUCUUCCUUGUUAACAAAAUUAAAUCUUUCACAAGGAAUAGAGAGAAAGAGAGAGAUUUUAUUUUUGAUAUGUAUAUUUUGGAACUGCCGUUUUCACGUACCGAAAGGCUUUGAUCGAUAGUUAUCUUUCGCUAGGCGAAUCUUAAUUCCGGUUAGCGGAUCUCUACUUCGCUUUGGCGAUUUUUGGUGUGGGUUUUCAAUUCUCAAUCUGAGGUUCUGGGUUUUCAUGUUUUAUUAUGAUUGGGAUUGAAAAAUAAAUCUUUUCCUUCUCUUCGCUGGGCUAAAAUUCAUCCCGUUGAUGCUUGAGUUUGAUUCUUAUCUUCUUUGCCGGGAGCACAGAUCCCUUUUCUAUGAGGCUUGUUAUCUCUUAAUUAUUAGGAGUUUAUAAGUCAACAAUAGUGGAGCAUCUCAUAUGGAAAGGACGAUGGUGAUGUAGGACAUGUAUGACUGAAUUUAAGAAAGAUUCAGAAGAAUUGGCAUCUUCUAUGAAGAUGGUCCAAUAAAGGGUCUUCCUCUUAAUUCAAUUAAUGUUCCUCUGUUUAAAGUCACCGGCGGUUGUAUGAGUAUCAAGCCUCAAGCAACGGUUAUUAGCGAAAGUUUUAAAUAUGAGGAGUACAAUAUCCAGGCGAAUUUGAGGAUUAAAGAUGAGAACAUGAAGCUCUGUUGUCGGAAGCUGCAGGAUCUUCACCGGCGGUGAACCGAAGGAUCAAGACUUGCAUGUUUCAGUUAUGCCACGUGGAUGAUAGAUAGUUCGCUGAUCUACACGUGUAUCAUAUGUAAUCGUGUUAAGCGGUAAAAUUGUACUCUUUAUAUUUAAUAAAAUAUGAAGUUGACAAAAAAAAAAAAAAAAAAAAAAAAAAAGAAGAGGGUGUUCCUAAGAAACGGCGAUUCUUCUUUAACACCUUGACUCUUCUCUUUCUCCCUCUUUCUCCAACCAAACCCCAAAGCAGAGAUGGAGAGACGAACAAGAAGAGUAAAGUUCACAGAGCAUCACAAGGUGACACCUGUUCCGACCAAACCGUCUAACGACUCUCCGAGAGUGGUCCGAAUCGCUUAUACUGAUCCUUUCGCAACCGACUCAUCAAGCGACGAUGAAGACCACAACGUCACGGUUGCUCCGAGAGUGAAGCGAUACGUGGAGGAGAUUAGAUUCGGCGAAACCAAAUCCUCCUCCUCCUCUUCGAGAAAAGCUAGAAAAGGCGGAAAUGAUGACGUGUCAGCGAAUCCUGUAAAGUACAGAGGCGUGAGGCGGAGGCCGUGGGGGAAAUUCUCGGCGGAGAUCAGAGAUCCGUCGUCUCGUUCUCGGGUGUGGCUAGGGACUUUUGAGACGGCGGAGGAAGCUGCUAUGGUUUACGAUCGAGCCGCGAUUAACUUCAGAGGCCAUAACGCACAGACGAAUUUUCUAACUCCUCCGCCUCCUCCGCCGUCCUCGCCGGUGAUCGAUCUAGAAACGGUGUCGGGAUGCGAUUCCGGGAGCCAGAGCCUCCGUUCUCCGACGUCUGUUCUCCGGUUCAACUUCAACGAGAAAACAGAGGUUGAGAUCGAACCUAUCGAGCUAGCUACGGAGGUGGAGGCGGCGAGCUUGUUCCCGGAUCCGUAUUCGUUGCCGGAGUUAUGUCUCGCCGGGGAGUACUUUUGGGAUUCGGAGACUCCUCCGGAGCCUUUGUUUCUGGAUGAUGAAAUGGAAAUCCGUAAACCGUUAGUAAACCCGGUUAUACCGAAAGAAGAGAACGAACCGGAAGAUUUCUCGUUCGAUUUGAGCGAAGAUUCAUGGGAUGUAGACAAUUUCUUCGAGAAUGAUUAAUUAAAAAAAAAUUGGUCUUUGCCAGUCAGUGACGUGGACGGUUCUGGUCGGCUUGAUUUUGUGGGUAAAUAUAAGUAGUAGGAGUAUUAGUUAAGAUAAAAAAUAUGUCAUUGUUUAUAAAGGUUUAUUAGCUAAUCUAGUUUUUUUUUUUUUUUGAGAUUGUACCAACGUGAGGAGGCAGUAUAUCCCAAAGUGUUUAUAAUGUCCAUAUUAAUAAUGUUUAAAAUGUUGCUGUGAUA